AUGAAUGAUAUGAUUUCGCUAAGAUUGCAGCAGAUCAUAGACCCCAAGAUGCCGAGGGCGGGGUGUCACCACAACAGGGUCUCUCUCCCCCUGCCCCCUCCGGACGUCCAGAUGCAGUACAGGUCCGAAGAGAAACUCUUCCUCGUCCUCUUCUUCCACAACAAGCGCAGCUGGCAAUGGUUUCCUAGAUCCAAGAUGGUUCCCUUUGGUAUCAAUAAGACUGUGGACAAGAUCAAACUGAUGGAGGGCUGCUCCUCUGGCAUCCGUAAAGCUGUGCAGACCGCCUUCCAUCGCGCUGUGAACCACCUGAGCCAGGUCAAGGACAAGCCUAGCAGCGAGCCCCCCAUGUAGCUCAGUUGGUAGAGCAUGGCGUUUGCAACGCCAGGGUUGUGGGUUUGAUUCCCACAGGGGGCCAGUAUGAAAAAUGUAUGCACUCACUAACUGUAAGUCGCUCUGGAUAAGAGCAUCUGCUAAAUUACAAUGUAAAUUUCUUCCUUGUUUGUCCCAGGCUAAGAAUGCCCUGGCGCAUGCAUUACAGUACUCCAGACAUGAAUGUGAGCUGCUUAGGGAGCACUAUGAGGAGGAGCAGGAGGCCAAGUCUGAUCUGCAGAAGGCCAAAGCCAAGGCCAACACCGCAGUGGCCCAGUGGAGGACCAAGUAUGAGAUCAACACCAUUCAGAGGACUGAGGAGCUGUCAAGUCAGGUCAGUGGCCAAGUCAGAUUUACAUUUUAGCAGACACUCUUAUCCAGAGCGACUUACAGUUAGUGAGUGCAUACAUUAUUCUUUUUUUAAUACCAGAUUACAUUUACAUUUUAGUCAUUUAGCAGACGCUCUUAUCCAGAGCGACUUACAGUUAGUGAAUACAUUUUUUUUUCAUACUGGCCCCCCAUGGAAAUCGAACCCACAACCCUGGCGUUGCAAACGCCAUGCUCUACCAACUGAGCUACAUCCCUGCCGGCCAUUCCCUCCCUACCUUGGACGACGAUGGGCCAAUUGUGCGCCGCCCAUGAGUCUCCCGGUCGCGGCCGGCUGCAACAGAGCCUGGAUUCGAACCAGGAUCUGUAGUGGCACAGCUAGCACUGCAGUGCCUUAGACCACUGCGCCACUCAGGAGACUGAUGCUCUCAAACCAUCUGUUUGUCUAUAUUAAUGAGCAGAGAAAUAAAACCUUUGACCCAGACUCUCUUAUUGCUCUUCUUUCUGAGAAACUGUAACGUUUCCAAGUGUGUUGAAACCCCCUGACUGUGACCCUGUAGGAAAAAGCUGGCGAGGCGUCUGCAGAACACUGAAGGCCUUGGGGGCGUCUUAUGCCAAGUUUUUCCUCUCUGGAGAAGACCGAGCACCGGCUGCAGACAGAGAUUGAAGACCUGAUGGUGGAUGUGGAGCGCUCCAAUGCUGCUGCCCUCGCCCUGGACAAGAGACAGCGCAUCUUUGACAAGGUGAGCAGUGAGCCCAUCAACAUUAUUAUUUAGUAAGUUGUGGAAAGAAGGAUUUCCAUGGUAACUCAAGAGCACAAUAAGUAGUGAACAUGACAAUGUGAAAUGCAGCAGGUGCUGUCAGAGUGGAAGCAGAAGUAUGAGGAGUGCCAGUCAGAGCUGGAGAGACUCUCAGGAGUCUCACAGCCUGAGCACUGAGCUGUUCUCCUACGAGGAGACCAUAGACCACCUGGAGACACUCAAACGGGAGAACAAAAAACCGGCAAGGUAA